AUGUCGAGCUGCGAAUGCCUCAACAAGGUAUUGCAGUGGUUACUGGACAAGAAGGCGGCAGUGGAGGUGGUGGUUGUGGCACUGGAAGGUAAAGAUCACUCCGAAGGUGCUGCUGCCGCUACCACUGUGGCACAGCUGCUGACGUGGUCAGAGGAGGAGGAGGAGGAAAAGAAGGAGGAGGAUUGCUGCAGUCCACCUAUUCAUCCAUCAUCCCUUCCUCAAGCAAUCGUUCAUUUAUUUACUGUUUCUCGUUAUGGCUUCUUACUUUGUGUUGUGCGGGAAGACGGUGCUGGUUGA